AUGAAGCUGCUGGAGAACUCCAGCUUCGAGGCCAUCAACUCGCAGCUGACCGUGGAGACGGGAGAUGCACACAUCAUUGGCAGGAUUGAGAGCUACUCGUGUAAGAUGGCAGGUGACGACAAGCACAUGUUCAAGCAAUUCUGCCAGGAGGGCCAGCCACAUGUGCUGGAGGCACUGUCCCCACCCCAGACCUCGGGCCUCAGCCCCAGCAGAUUGAGUAAGAGCCAAGGUGGCGAGGAUGAAGGCCCCCUCAGCGACAAGUGCAGCCGCAAGACCCUCUUCUACCUGAUUGCCACACUCAAUGAGUCCUUCCGGCCGGACUACGACUUCAGCACAGCCCGCAGCCAUGAGUUCAGCCGGGAGCCCAGCCUUAGCUGGGUGGUGAACGCAGUCAACUGCAGCCUGUUCUCGGCCGUUCGGGAGGACUUCAAGGCCCUGAAGCCGCAACUGUGGAACGCGGUGGAUGAGGAGAUCUGCCUGGCUGAAUGUGACAUCUACAGCUACAACCCAGACUUGGAUUCAGAUCCUUUCGGGGAAGAUGGCAGCCUCUGGUCCUUCAACUACUUCUUCUACAACAAGCGGCUGAAACGGAUUGUUUUCUUCAGCUGCCGCUCUAUCAGUGGAUCCACCUACACUCCCUCGGAGGCAGGCAACGAGCUGGACAUGGAGCUCGGGGAGGAAGAAGAGGAGGAGGAAGAGAGUGGAGGUGGAGGCAGCGAGGGUGGGCCCGAGGAGACGGGCGCCGUGGAGGAGGACAGGGUCCCGGUGAUCUGUAUGUGA